AUGGGUAAAACAGUGGUUGUUGUCGGUGCUGGUCUCACUGGUAGUGCUAGUGCUAAUAGUAUCAAGAGAAAAUUGGGAAAGAAUGAUUCAGUCAAGCUAAUUACAACUUCAGAUCAUGUUGGAUGGUUGCCAGCUUCGGUUAGAGUGCCAUUCAGUAACAGCUAUGAUGCGUUUGCUCCAUUGAGUGAGGUUAUUGAUAAAGAUGUUGAAAUUAUCCAUGGUCGUGUGAUUUCCUUUAAUGAAUCAAGUGUUUCUUUAGAAAGUGGUGAAACAAUUGUGUUUGAUGCUCUUGUUAUUGCUACUGGAUCUAAAUGGCCAAAUCCAAUUGCCACUUCUGCUGUUUAUGGUGAUGAUCAUGAAAGUUUUUAUAAAUCUCAAGGUAAAGAAAUUAAAAAUGCUAAUGACAUUGUCUUUAUUGGUGGUGGAUUUAUAAAUGUUGAGUUUGUGGGUGAGCUGUAUCAUAUAUACAAAGAUGACAUUGAGUCUGGGAAGAAAAGGGUAUCGAUCAUUCAAAACUCUGAUAAGUUAUUACCAGAUUCACCAUUUUAUUCAGAUAAGUUCCGUUCUAAGAUUACAAAAUGGUUUGAUGGAAAGAAAAUUAAAUUGUAUUUGAGCUCUAAAGGUGACACAGGUUCAGAAGAAGGUCAAGUAAUUAUCAAUGGUACUAAAAAGAUAAAAGCUGAUUUGAUUUAUUUCGGUAUUGGUGCUCAACCAAUCGUUCCAAAAAAUGAAAUCUCUAAAUUAACCAAUGAUAAAGGAUUCAUCCGUACAAACAAAAACUUUCAAAUUAAAGCCAUUUCAAAUGGUAAUAUAUUUGCUAUAGGUGAUGUUACAGAUUUCCAAUAUCAUGGUGUACAAAAACUAAAUAAUUGGAUCCCAACAAUUGCAUCAAAUGUUACAUCUUAUUUACAAGAUGGAUCAAAAGCCAAAUUGAUUGAUACUUCAACCUUUGAAAAUGAAAAUAUCCCAUCUGUUGUAUCAUUGGGUCCAAAUGAUGGAGUUGGUCAGAUUCCUUUCCCUUUGAUUGGAACUGUUUUAUUACCUAGAUUCUUGAUUGUAAUGGCUAAAUCAAAGGAUCUUUUCGUAUCAAACUGGAGAAAAAUGGUAUUUGACAAUUAA